UUCUGGAACCAUCUUGACCCUUGAUCGAAUCAUCCCUUUCUCGUUUAUCACUUAACUAAAACCCUUUGGAACACUCUAGAAGAAGAAGAAAGCCCAAACUCUCUCUCUCCCCACUCUACACGCCAUAAAAUUCCCAAUUCCAACGCUCACUCGCAGUCUAUAGCUUCUUUCUCUCUCUCUCUAGAGCCGUUGAUAUUCGUUAGCGCGUGGGAAAAUGGAGGAUUUCGACAUGCCGCCGCCGGAGGAGAUGAUGAACGACGAUCUGGAUCUGCCGGACGAGGGCCCUAUUCUCAAGGUCGGCGAGGAGAAGGAGAUCGGCAAGCAGGGCUUAAAGAAGAAGCUUCUCAAAGACGGCCAGGGCUGGGACACUCCCGAUAAUGGCGACGAGGUCGAAGUUCAUUAUACGGGAACUCUGCUCGAUGGGACCAAGUUCGAUUCCAGCCGCGAUAGAGGGACGCCGUUCAAGUUCACGCUCGGCCAAGGACAAGUAAUUAAAGGAUGGGACCAGGGUAUCAAAACUAUGAAGAAAGGAGAAAAUGCUCUUUUCACCAUUCCUCCUGAGCUAGCUUAUGGUGAACCUGGCUCUCCUCCAACCAUUCCUCCAAGUGCCACUUUGCAAUUCGAUGUUGAGUUGCUGUCUUGGACUAGUGUCAAGGACAUAUGUAAGGAUGGUGGAAUAUUUAAGAAGAUUCUAAAGGAAGGAGAGAAGUGGGAGAAUCCAAAGGACCUUGAUGAAGUGUUCAUUAAGUAUGAAGCUUGCCUUGAGGAUGGAACACCCAUUGCAAAAUCGGACGGAGUAGAAUUCACUGUCAAAGAGGGUCAUUUCUGCCCUGCGUUGUCCAAGGCUGUUAAAACAAUGAAAAAUGGGGAAAAGGUGCUUCUCACAGUGAAGCCACAAUAUGCAUUUGGGGAAAAGGGUAAGCCAGCUUCUGGUAAUGAAGGUGCAGUACCUCCAAAUGCAACACUACAGAUAACACUGGAGUUGGUAUCAUGGAAAACUGUAUCAGAAGUUACUGAUGACAAGAAGGUUAUUAAGAAGAUCUUGAAAGAAGGAGAGGGUUACGAUCGUCCUAGUGAUGGAGCUGUUGUCAGAUUGAAAUUGAUUGGUAAACUGCAAGAUGGUACAGUAUUUUUGAGGAAAGGUCAUGAUGAAGGAGACGAGCUGUUUGAGUUCAAGACAGAUGAUGAGCAAGUUAUUGAUGGGCUUGAUAGAGCUGUGAUUACAAUGAAGAAGGGUGAGGUAGCACUGUUGACUAUUGCACCGGAAUAUGCUUUUGGCUCCUCUGAGUCCAAGCAGGAGUUGUCUGUGGUUCCUCCAAACUCAAUUGUGUUCUAUGAGGCUGAGCUGGUAUCUUUUGACAAGGAGAAGGAAUCAUGGGAUAUGAACACUCCGGAGAAAAUUGAAGCUGCUCUUAAAAAGAAGGAAGAAGGAAAUGUAUUGUUCAAGGCUGGUAAAUAUGCAAGGGCUUCCAAGAGAUAUGAGAAGGCUGUGAAGUACAUUGAGUACGAUUCUUCCUUUGGUGAUGAGGAGAAAAAGCAGGCCAAGGCAGUGAAGGUUGCUUGCAAUCUGAAUAAUGCAGCUUGCAAGUUGAAGUUAAAAGAAUACAAUCAGGCUGAAAAAUUAUGCACCAAGGUGCUAGAGCUUGAGAGUAAAAAUGUUAAGGCUCUUUACAGAAGAGCUCAGGCAUAUAUUCAGCUAGCUGACUUGGAUUUAGCUGAGUUUGAUAUCAAGAAAGCUCUUGAAAUCGACCCUGACAAUAGGGAUGUGAAGCUCGAGUACAAGACCUUGAAGGAUAAGGUGAAGGAAUUUAAUAAGAAGCAGGCCAAGUUUUAUGGCAACAUGUUUGCCAAGAUGAAUAAGGUGGAGUCUCACGAAUCAAAAAACGCAGAAGCUUAGGAAGCUGAGCUUACGAAUAUAGAAAAAGGCAUAAGCGGAUUGCAACAUGGACUUUUAACUUCCGUGAAAAUAAGAGUAAAUGCCUAAUUUUCAGGGUCUGCUACUCUGUUUUCCUUUCAUUUGUUGGACUUAUAUUUCUCCUGGCUUGGAGAAGUUUUCAAAUGCUUUUUCUCUGCUGGGGAUUAUUGACAUAAUGCUUUAUUUGUGAACUGCUAUCAAUAGAAGAAAUUGGUGAAAAACUAAUGGUUUUACACAA